UUUUUUUAAGUUCUAUUUCUAUUUGUAAUCUAAGGAACUCGAAAUUCCCUAGAUGCUUGUGCGACGGACCGAGCGGUCCAAGGCUUUUUCUUUCAAUUAACGGAAACCACGACCGCUCUUCACUCUGUCUAGAUACCAACUGACCACCACCUUUUAUUUUUCAAUCCCUAAUAUAUAUAUAUAUGUUUCUUACAUCUAGGGGCUUAUCGCAAUAUGUUAAGCGAGCUUGAGAUAAGCACGAUCCUAUCGUAACACCAGAGCAUAAACAAAAGCCCUAUCGUAAACGAACACAAUCCGCAAACAAGGAUCGUGCGGGAGAGAUGUAUUUAUUUAGGCCCGGCUUCGACCGACCUUAUCACAAAAACUGACUCACACGAUUCUCAAUAAGGAUCGUGCGAUAAAAAUGUUUGUGUUUAUUCAGGAUUAACCCGACCUAUCUAUUUAUGACUAACACAAUCCUCAAUAUGGAUCGUGCAAGAGAGAUCUAUUUAUUUAGGCUCGAGCUUAUUGAUAAUUUAGGGUAUACAAAACCCGUCUGGUUUUUGGUUGCUGCACUUGCUAUGAAGGCAAGACUUUUCGCCCGUCCUCUCUCGAGCGCUUCGUGAUUAAUCUAGGGAACUUAUUUCCCUAGAUAUUGCCAAUUGAGGCCUAAGAAUCACGUUUUUCCGUCCAAGAAUGGAUCUUCCGAAUAUGUCUGAGCCAGAGAACUUAUUUCCCUGGUCUCGCUUUGAUAGUCUCUUAAGGGCUAAGCCCGCUUGAAAAUUUCCCGUAAUCGCGAAUACGUUUCAGUAUCAGACGGCUCCAGAUUGGUCCGUCCGAGUGAAACGCGCAACUACUUUCGGAUAGGAAAUUUUCAGUUUUUGGUUUUUUAUACCUUUUUUGUUUUGCGAUGGCUGCCUGGUCUCCUGGUUCCUUCGGAUUAAAUGCCAAGUUUGUAGAAGUGGAUUUACAGUGAUUUAUUUAAAAAAAAAACUUAGACUUGAACAUAGACAUAGACUUGAACUUUUGUUGAACUUGUAGGUGUUGAACUGUCGAAUUGAUCUUCGAUUUGGAUUUUUGAAAUGAACUGAUUUUCUGGGCAAGAAUCUUAAGUUUAUAUACCCGAGAUUCCUACCCAGCCUAAAAUUGUGAGGAAGAAAAAAGAUCUCCCUCCCCUGCUCAGACAACCGAGCCGUGGUUUGUCUAUCUCUUAUUUCUAUCCGUUUGUUUUGCGGUCCUUCGCCCUCACUUAGAGGGUUUAAUAAAAUUCGGCUGCCUGAUAAAUCUUACCCGCCUGUUCUGAGCGGUUCUAACCUUAUCUACUUAUCUUAUCGCUUAAACGCAUGCGUUUAGCGUCCUAUUCUUCCUUCGGCCCUUCGCUUUCAUGCGAUAAGGGGCGAGACCAUGCGGCUAGCAAUUAGACUUUGCCUUCCGCACGGAAACCUAAACAAACAUAUUGUCGCCACAGCACUAUCUUGGAAUUCGUUCGUCAGUUCAACGAACGAAAUUUCCAACGAACGACAUGUCAAAUAACCAACCGAUGUCAUGAGCAGCAGGCCAGUCGAUGUGCUGAUAUUCAGUUUGUUUUUGUUUACUUUCUAAAAAAGCAAAAUAUUUCGAAGUAGUUUGCGAUUAGAAGCAUUUUCGGUUAGUUUUGCUCUACAAUCUGUUCCAAAAGUCAUUAUUGAAGACGUAAUUGAAGAUGGCCGAUAUAAUCAUUCAUUCCGUUCGCCAACAACAGGCCAGUCCUGGAACCGUAUACCACGCCCUUUAUGGACACUACUUUUUGGGUAUUUCCCAAAAGAAUUUGGCGAUCAUUUACGGAAAAAGCCUGUCCACUAUUUAUGGUUGGAUUCAAAAGUUUGAAAGCGAGGGACUUUACCGAAGGAAAAAACGAGCUCAGGUCUUCAAAAAGUUCCAGUCGGAAAUGCGACAAUGGUUGGUGGAGCUUUAUUGCAAGCAUCCUCUUUUAUUUUUGGACGAAGCCAAGGAGAUGUUCCAGGCACAUUUCCAGAUGACAAUAAGUACUUCAUCCGUCUGUACUAUUCUGCACGAGGCAGGCCUGUCGUGGAAAACCAUUGAGAGAAGAGCUAUUCAAAUUCGUAUGGAAGAAAUAGUGCGGUUUGUGAAUGAGCUCCUCGCCAUACCAUGGGAUAUUUUCAAUUUAGUUUUCCUCGAUGAGGUGAGUAUUGACAAUAGGGGCACGUUACGUCAGAAGGGAUAUGGUGUCGUAGGAAAAAAGUUAAUUUUCAGAGGAGAAUUUUGUCGCCGUGCUCGUUCAUCGUUCUUAUGUUUCCUUGGCGCUGAUGGAAUCCUGGAUAGUUUCUGGACUGAAGGCACUUUUAACAGGCUAAAGUUUUUCGAAUGCUGCCGAGAGUUUGCCUUGCGGAAUCCUAAGGUUCAAAGAUAUCCAGGAUUCCAUUCAGUAUGGAUCAUGGACGGUGCGAGGAUUCAUUGCGACGUUAAUCUCAUUCGCUAUCUUCGAUCCAUUGGGAUCAUACCCAUAUUCCUUCCGGCGUACUGCCCCUUUUUCAAUCCCAUCGAGGUGAUCUUUGGCCUCGUGAAAAAACGUCUUCAGAGAGUACACCGGGAAGGUGAACAAAUUCUGGCUGAAGUAUGUGAAGCUAUGAACUACUUCAAAGUUUAUCCUUGCCAGAAACUGUUUGAACACUGUGGAUACUUCCCUGGAGGAUUUUUCAGCCCUGAGAAAGGCUUAACGCAAGAUCCAAAUGAGGUCGAUUUGAAUAUUGUUCCCAAUUAAUAUAAGAGCAAGUUUUGAAACGUUUACUGUUAACAAUAAUGAACUAUCUGAAACAAAUAAAUAAAACUCAUGAAGACCGUGAAACUAUUGCAAAUAAAACUUAUUUUAUUUAUUCAAAACCGUAAAAUCAAAACAAGAAAAACACUUUAAGAGUGAUCAACAUCGGGACAAUCAGUUACUUUCUCCGCCAACACUUGGCUCACUUCGGACUCUUCUGGUCGGAUUGCUGAUUGCACUGCGGUGAUAAAAUCUCCAGCGGCUAAUCCUUUUGUUAUCAUUGCUUCGAGCUUGCGGGAAACGUUGUUAAGUAUUCCAAGUGCUGCUGAAAUUUCUUCCCUUAUUUCAGCCGCUUCUUUCACCCAACCAGCAUUCACAGUAUGAGCCACUGUGACACCCCGAUGUACUGACUGCAGGCGGGCUGCUUCUGACACAUUUGUCCAUCGGAAGUAUUUGGCGAGCUCCAAAGGCGGUGCGGGAUCAAUUUUCAAUUGCUCUUGCUUGUGAGCAGGCGAAGAGUGGAUGAAGUUGGCCCACAACAUCCACGAGCUUUGAUGUCCCUCUAAAUCCAAGUGAGUUUCCUUAAGCUCUUUAGCCAAAGCAGCACAAUCACGGGUCGAGUGGGCUCCGGCUCGGUCUGAGUUUGUUGGCGUAAUGAGCGUCUUCAGUACCAUUUGGUGCUGGGCAUGCGUCUCCACGUUGGUCGCAUAUGGAUGCACAAAAACUUUGAUGUUUUUAUCCUUCCAUGUAGCAAGGAUUCGUGGAGUGAUGGCAGAAACAUUGUAGGUCUUCCUUUUGGUCGUGUCAUGCAGAAUGAUGAAUCGUUCAAUGUCUUCUUCAUCUGGCAUUUGCUUCUCAGACCAUGUCGGAACGUCAUUGUCAAAAUCAACUUGCCGAGAUACGUGUUUCUUUGCAAGUUUCCACAUGAAUCCGAUCACUUCCGGCACUGUAUCUCCACCGACAUUCAUGGUUCCGAUUUCUCGAGGGCGCAUUUGACUGCGAAAAAGUCGUCGAAGAAAGGUCCCUUUAAAGAAGAAUUCCAAACUCUUCGCAGCAUCAUCUGGCAACAAAGUCACAUCAUUUUCCUCGGAUGCACCACUUUCUUCGUUUUCAGCUUCCUCCGUCGUAUUAUCGGGCAACAAUGAGAAUUCGACAUUCCUCGAGUUCCCAUCGUCAGAGACCUGGGUCGUAUCCAACAAGGAUUUCGAGAAUCUGAAAGUUCCCGACGAUCCAGCCACCGGAGAUCCCGCUGUUUCCUGCUCCAGGAACUCUAUUCCGUCGUAGCUGCAAAUAGUUCAAUUCUGUUGAAGAUCAUCCUAUUUUUUUAAUAGUUUGUUACUUACUUGUCCUUGUUAUUAUCCAUGUUAAACUGGAACUGGAGGAUUAAUGUUCUUCAAGCAUUUUUUUUUUAUUUACCACAACGAGGUGAAACAACGAAAAUGUAAACAACAACAAUAACGUUGAGGUAAACAACUAACCAUGGUGCACCAAUCCAUGCAGGUUGUUUUGUUUGUGGUAGUCGUCUUUUUAUUGUACAAGAUCAAUAAAUGUCAACAGAUGAGCAUUUCGCAUAAACAUUCAUAGUGUAAAAAGAAGAUUUUGCUACGUUUUUUUAGCUGCAUGAGUUUUGAUUAAAAAAAUCUUAAUUCCGUUGCUUAAAAGCAAAAUUUGAGAGUAAUCAAAAAUAAUUGCCGUUUUUCAUGCUUGAAAGAAGGACUACCAUGCAUCUAGAAACUAUGGAACUUCGUUAGUCAAACGAACGAUGUUCGCUUCCAAUUUUUCUCCGGAUGGCCGAUAUCAUCUUGCACGCUCUUUUUCCUUCUUCGCCCUCAUGCGAUAAGGAACAAACUUGGCUAAUUGCCGUCAAUUGAAAUGUUCUAGUCUGACGCAUUAGAACCGAAACAAACAAGUGCAAGAUGUUAUUUUUGUUUUUCCUCUUUCUUAUCAACAUCUGGUUGAAAAGAACCUAAACUUGUCAAACGUAUUUAUCGUUCGCCUAAGCUGAGUCAAAACAUAAGCCGCUUGGGUUUGUUUAUUGAAAUUGCUAUGUGCCUCUUCGCAUUGCAUUCAAGUAGUGCAAUAAAUCACGCGUUAUCUUCUAAGCUAAGGAAGAGAAACAAGUCCCUUUUCGCUGGUAUUGAUUGUUUACAUCUGUUUUGA